CCAAAACUGCGAGACUAUCUGUUCUGUGUGGACAGCAAUGACCACAAGGAGCUGAUCGAAAAUGUCCUUGAUGCAUACGACAGAGAAGUCGUGCCCCAGUACAGCAGUCUGCCUAAGGGUUGUAUCCACGGUGAUACGAAUGAACAAAACAUCCUAGUGCAGAAGUCAGAGAAGGAAACUCCAAGUGCUGAAGGCGAUGACUAUUUCGUGAGUGGUAUCUUGGACUAUGCAGACAUCCAAGAGAGUUAUCUGGUCGUGGACUUGGCCCUGACCAUCGCAUACCUGAUGAUGGACGCAGACGACAGUCUUCGAUUGAAUGUUGGAAGUCACGUGAUCAGCGGAUACGAGAAUCACGUGUCUCUCUCGCGCGCAGAAACUGACGUCCUGCCGAUAAUGGUGGCUGCACGGCUGUGCCAGUCUUUAGUUCUCGGGCUGCACGCAUACCACGUGAAUCCAAAGAAUGACACCUACGUCCUGUCCUCCCAGAAAGCCUGGCCUAUCCUUCAUCAGUUCUGGGAUGCUAAAGACGCGUUGCUGGCAGAAUGGAAGGGUAUUGUCAACACAAGUGAAUGAGUUUUGCUCGCCAUUAAUUAGUCAGUAUCUAACGUACUACCCGAUGUUUUUGUAAUUAAAGAAAAGGAAAAUAAUAUUCGUUUAAUGACACGUCAACACAUUUGAAACUCGAAGGCAAUUUGUUGUCUAACAUAUGGUUAUUUCAACAUUUUUUUUAAAGAAAGAGAGAAAACGUACUGCUAUCAAAUAGCCUCCUAUUGAUAAAUCCAGAGCGGACCUUUUAUUAUAUAUAUGUAUAUGCACUAGACUAUGUAUCUUGUUGUCACAACUUUAUUGAAAUAUCGCUUGGAUAAUACACUACAAUUAUUUGAAUCCAUGCCAAUUAAAUAACUAGUGAAAUUCAAGCCAUUCAUUACAUUGGUCCACCAACAUGUGUACUGUUGUUUUUGAGGCUUUGUUGAAAAUUAUACAGUCUUCCAAAUUUCAAUAAAGCAUUGUUCCUU